AUGCGCUACUACACCCAGCAGAUAAAAUUAGCCACAUUUCAAGACAUCACCCCACUGCAAGUGGUCCUGCCUAACACUGCCCUGCAUCUUAAGGCGCUGCUGGACUUUGAGGAUAAGGAUGGAUACAAGAUAGUAGCAGGAGACGAAUGGCUAUUUGAGGGACCAGGCACGUACAUCCCCCGGAAGGAGGUGGAGGUUGUGGAGAUCAUUCAGGCUACUGUCAUCAGACAGAAUCAGGCACUGAGGCUGAGGGCCCGCAAGGAGUGCUUGGACCGGGAUGGCAAGGAGAGGGUGACAGGAGAAGAAUGGCUGGUCCGCUCUGUGGGUGCAUAUCUCCCAGCAGUGUUCGAGGAGGUUCUGGAUUUGGUGGAUGCUGUAAUCCUUACGGAAAAGACAGCCCUGCACCUCCGGGCUCGGCAGAACUUCCAGGACUUGCGUGGAGUGACCCGCCGCACUGGGGAGGAGUGGCUGGUGACAGUCCAGGACACGGCAGCUCACGUGCCCGAUGUCCAUGAGGAAGUACUAGGAGUCGUGCCCAUCACCACACUGGGCCCCCAAAACUACUGUGUGGUCCUUGACCCCGUGGGACCAGAUGGCAAGAACCAGCUGGGACAAAAGCGGGUCAUCAAGGGAGAGAAGUCUUUUUUCCUGCAGCCAGGGGAGAGGCUGGAGCGAGGCAUUCAAGAUGUGUAUGUGCUGUCAGAGCAGCAGGGGCUGCUGCUGAGGGCUCUGCAGUCCCUGGAGGAGGGGGAGGAGGAGGAGAAGGUCUCCCACCAGGCGGGGGACCGCUGGCUCAUCCGAGGGCCCCUGGAGUAUGUGCCAUCUGCCAAGGUGGAGGUGGUGGAGGAGCGGCAGGCCAUCCCUCUGGACGAGAAUGAGGGCAUCUAUGUGCAGGACGUCAAGACUGGAAGGGUACGUGCUGUGAUCGGAAGCACCUACAUGCACGAGGCCCAGAGAUUGGAACAAGAAGCCCGAGGCCGACUAGAGAGGCAGAAGAUCUUGGACCAAUCAGAAGCUGAAAAAGCUCGCAAAGAACUCCUGGAGCUUGAAGCUUUGAGCAUGGCGGUAGAGAGCACCGGGACUGCCAAGGCUGAGGCUGAGUCCCGUGCAGAGGCUGCGCGGAUUGAGGGCGAAGGCUCUGUGCUGCAGGCCAAGCUGAAGGCACAGGCUUUGGCCAUUGAGACGAUGGGGAUGUUGCAGUGA